AUGACCAUUAAAGGUAUGGAGGUGGACGAGCGUGUCCACACCUUAACUGAGAGCUUCGAGCCUUUUGCGCCCGAAGCUCGUCCAGGCGAUCGGUUACUGGACCGCUUUGCGGACCGUCUCCACUUUGACGAGCGCGAUCCUACCCAGGAUAGGCGUCCGUAUCUAGACGAGCUCAUCGCGAGAGCGAGGGCCGACCCACUAACAGUACUGGCUGCAACUGAUGGCUCUGUCCCUCAGUCCAACCAGUAUCAGGCGGCUUCGGCUGCUAUAAUCUACAAGGGACAUCGCGAGCUCGAGAGGACUCGUUAUGUCUCUGGCAGAGUCACCGCCCCAGACGCAAAACUUAAUGCCAUCUCGUGUGCAGUGCGCCUUGCUGUCAAGCAGGCGAACUGCCAACAUAUCAUGGUCUUCACUGACUCUAUGGGCUCAGCCCAUAGAGCGGUUGACCCCGUCGUGCAUUCUGGUCAGGCUUUGAGCUUAUCAGUUUGUCGCACUCUUCAAGAGUGGUUUGAGGCGGAUGAUCUCCGCCGCAUCACCUUCGUCUACGUCCCAUCUGCUUUGCGGGUUGGACGUCGGAAGACGGACAAUUCUAUAGACGCGCUACGCUCUCGAGCUGCGCACUCAGUCCUGGAUUCGUGGAGCUCCAAUCUAGACGAGCUCAUUGUGAGAGCGAGGGCCGACCCACUAACAGUACUGGCUGCAACUGAUGGCUCUGUCCCUCAGUCCAACCAGUAUCAGGCGGCUUCGGCUGCUAUAAUCUACAAGGGACAUCGCGAGCUCGAGAGGACUCGCUAUGUCUCUGGCAGAGUCACCGCCCCAGACGCGGAACUUAAUGCCAUCUCGUGUGCAGUGCGCCUUGCUGUCAAGCAGGCAAACUGCCAGCAUAUUAUGGUCUUUACUGACUCUAUGGGCUCGGCCCACAGAGCGGUUGACCCUGGCAUGCAUUCUGGUCAGGCUUUUAGCCUGUCAGUUUGUCGCGUUCUUCAAGAGUGGUUUGAGGCGGAUGAUCUCCGCUGCAUUACCUUCGUCUACGUCCCAUCCGCUCUGCAGUGGGAUAUCCAUGGUGAAGCACACAAGUACGUCACCGAACUCAAAGUCAGGGUUGGACGUCGCAAGACGGACAACUCCAUAGAUGCGCUACGCUCCCGAGCUGCGCACUCAGUCCUGGAUUUGUGGAGCUCCACUUUCCAGGAUCCAACCUACCGAGGCUCUGAGUUUUUAGAGCUUCAACAGCCUGACGGGCGGCCGCUACAGCCAUCGUACCUCAAUGGGGGACCUUGGCUUUCAACCUUUGGACACAGUAUCACUGAGUUCGCCCGUGUUUGCCGGUGUAUAACUGGCCACGCGCCCAUUGGAGCGUAUUACCGUCGGUUCAAGAUCAACGAGCCUCACGGCUGCACUUGCGGGGUUGCCUUGCAGUCCCGCCAGCAUAUUCUCUUUCGCUGUCACGAUCGCUACUCCGUGCAUUACCCCCGCUUUCUUGGGGAUAUUGCAUCUUUUAUGAAGUACAACCCUACGGCGUUUGGCUUCACCCGGGACCCUUCGGGGGUCGGAUAA